AUCAAGAAUUGUUUUGAGUCUGAAAUUUGGCAUCACCAUCUUGAACAAUAUAGCCUUAGUUGGCAUAAACUACUCCUACAGACAAAGGUAUUAUCCAUCUCAAUAAGUAAUUACUUUAAUUUCAACUGAACAAUCGUGACUAGAAAAGCUCCUGUAACAAAAUUCAAGAAGAUCUGACAUAAAUGAGUAACAAUUCAACAUGUAUUCAGCCAUCCACAAUCUCUUCCGUGGCUUUACCAGUCAUUUACGCCUUCCUUUGUAUUGUUGGUCUCUUUGGAAACACACUUUCGCAAUGGGUGUUUUUAACAAAAAUAGGUAAGAAAACCUCAACACACAUCUACCUGGCACAUCUUGUGACUGCAAACUUACUUGUGUGCAGUGCCAUGCCUUUCAUGGGUAUCUAUUUCCUGAAAGGUUUCCAAUGGGAGUAUCAAUCUGCACAAUGCAGAGUGGUCAAUUUUCUGGGAACUCUGUCUAUGCAUGUAAGUAUGUUUGUCAGCCUCUUAAUUUUAAGUUGGAUUGCCAUAAGUCGCUAUGCUACCUUAAUGAAAAAGGAUUCUGUGCAAGAGACCACUUCGUGCUAUGAGAAAAUAUUUUAUGGUCAUUUACUGAAAAAAUUCCGCCAGCCCACCUUUGCUAGAAAACUAUGCGUUUACAUAUGGGGACUUGUACUGGGCAUAAUUAUUCCAGUUACCAUAUACUACUCAGUCGUGGAGGCUACAGAAGGAGAAGAGAGCCUGUGUUAUAAUCGGCAAAUGGAACUAGGAGCUAUGAUCUCUCAGACGGCGAGUCUCAUUGGAACCACAUUUAUUGGAUUUUCAUUUUUAGUUGUGGUAAUAUCAUACUACUCUUUUGUCAGCCAUCUGAGAAAAAUUAGGACCUGUACAUCCAUUGCAGAGAAAGAUGUGACUUACAGUUCUGUGAAAAGACAUCUUUUGGUCAUCCAGAUUCUACUAAUAGUUUGCUUCCUUCCAUAUACCAUUUUUAAACCCAUUUUUUAUGUUCUACACCAAAGGGAAGACUGUCAGCAACUGAAUUAUUUAAUCGAAACAAAAAACAUUCUCACCUGUCUUGCUUCAGCCAGAAGUAGCACAGAUCCCAUCAUAUUUCUUUUAUUAGAUAAAACAUUCAAGAAGACACUAUAUGAUCUCUUUACAAAAUCUAAUUCACCACAUAUACAAUCAUAUGGUUGACUUAUAAAUGAAAAACACCACAAAAUAGAAAAGUGUUCAUGUGAAUCUAAUUAGGGACACCAAACUCUAUGAUUAACAAACGGGUUGUAGCUUAGUUGACAACAGGCAUCAAGAAAAUGGUUUUGGUGUUUAAAACUAACCAAAUAAAUAUAUUAACAAAACUCAAUUUAAAGUUCUUAUACUGAAAGUAGAGAUGGCAGAGACUUUAAGGUCAAGCAUAUUGAAAGGAUCCAACUGCAAGUUAAACCAACAGACCAUUUUUUUUUUCAACUGUGGAUACUUCUGAUCAGAACACAUGACUGUAGGAUAAAGAAGCAAAUGGUUUAUGACUUGCCUGCCUUCUAGUAGUUAGAAUACAUGAGUCUGUCUAUGGCUACUGUUCGCCUUGUUGGUAACUUAAAAAAACUUCAAACAUAAAAGAAAAAAAAUGAACAAGAUAUCCUCACUUAAGUCUUGUCCUAAAUGCAUAAGUAAAGACACAGUGUCAAAAUCCAAGGUUUUAUAAACACCUUAUUUAUCUGAUAUUAUCUAGUUCAUGUUACUGGGAGAAGCAAUAGUCAUUGAUGCUAAUAUUUAUUAAGCAGAUGUCACUUAUAAAGAUUUUUAAAUAUUUAGAUUAGGCAUUGUCAAAAUAAAAGCUAAUCUAAUGUCAUUAUACAUUCAUCUUCACAUUUUGUGUAUUUUCCUCUGUGUUCAAUAUAAAUACUGUUGUUAUUAAUGGUUAAUGGUACCGGGCAUGUAGAUAUAUUCAGUUAAUUUUUGUGAAAUGAAUGAACAAAUGAUGAAGCAAUGUAAUAGUGUUGUACUUAAGACAUUGGUCUUUGGAGUCAGGCUCACAGGGUUCAAUCCUGGCUCCACCUCUUACUUAGUAGACAGUUUUAGGCAAAUUGCUUCCCCUUUUUAAGUGUAGAUUUCUUCACUUGUAGAACAGAAAAUUCUACCUUACUCACAGGUACCAUUCUUAAGUCAGAUGAUGUUAUAUUUCGAGUAGCUAUCACUUAGUGAGCACUUGCUGUGUGCCAGGCACUCUGCUUAUAUGCUCUAUAUUCAUUAUUGUAAUCAUCACAACUCUAAAGUAUGCCAAUUGACUGAUGAAAUAACUGAGUACAUAGUUAUGUUACAAAAUUUUUUCCAAUGCCUAAGUAAAUAUUUAAAGAAUAAGAAUUUCUUAAUGUUAUU